CAGGUCAUUGUGCCGGUAGGAGCGGGAUGGCUGAGGAGCUUCGCGGAGCCGACCUGGUAGGCUCAGCGGCUCGGCCAUCUCUGACGAAAUGGCACCCCGAGACCGACCGGUAGCGGCACCUCCUUCCGCCAUGCGCAAACGCGGGGCUCGCAAGCGUCUCAAGUUUCGGGCCGACGACGUCUGCUUAGAGCGGAUGACCGUGGCCGACUAUGCAAAUUCGGAUCCUGCUGUAGUGAAAUCCGGACGCGUGAAAAAAGCUGUGGCCAACGCGGUGCAACAGGAAGUGAAAUCACUCUGUGGUUUGGAAGCAUCUUUUGUACCUACUGAUGAAAUACUAUCUGUGGCAGAGUCCUAUGACAGUGGUGAUGAAAUGGAUUCUAAAUAUUUCACCACUGAUGAAUAUUUCAUGACUGAUAGAAAAAAGAAAAGCAAAAGGCUUAAAGAAAACUCUGAUAGUGUGGUAGGCAAAGAAUAUCCAAUUGAUAUAUGGUUGAUGUUGGCAUCCUAUAUACGCCCAGAAGACACUGUGAAUUUUUCUCUAAUUUGCAAAAAGGCCUGGACUGUUACUUGUACAGCUGUAUUCUGGACCAGACUUUAUAGAAGGGGCUGCAUCUUGACCUUCUGGAGGACUGCAGUAUACACCGUGUGCACAAUUAUUAGGCAUUACAAUAGGAAUGCAUCCCUCCCAAUCCGUUUACAGCCAGAAUCAAUGGAAAAGAUGUACUGCCUUCGUGCAUGUGUAAUUCGUUCCUUAUACCAUAUGUAUAGACCUUUUGUUUCCCGGAUAGCCAGAAAUCCAACUAUCCCAGAGGCUACUCCAAGCACCCUAAAAAAUUCAAAACUUCUGUGGGACACUGGAGCUGUUGUGGUGUCAGCAAAAGUUGCCCUUAAAGACACAUCCACUGUUUGGAGCAGCAUACCAGUUGGUAUACAUCUGAAGGUGCCUGCUCUUCUGGUCUAAAAAGAUUAACCAGCAGUCUUCACUGUGGGAAUUUAGCUUCAAAUUCCAAAGGCAGGUAUGAAAGCUAAAUAUUUAUCCAUGUCAGAAUUCGAGUAUUUCAGAAUAAUUCACUGGUAUUUAUGACCUGUUGUUCUACCCAUGAAUAUAACAGAAUGUAUCUUGUUUGGCAAGGUGCAUGUCUAGAUUUCUGUCCAAAAAAGAUUCUGUUCAUAUUGUUUGGAGUAAAAGUGGGGAAUUUCAGGGAUUUUGUGAAAAUGCACUGCUGCACAAUCUGUUCAUUUCCCUUGCUGGUGAUUAGGCUAAUGCUAUCCUAACCAAGUUGGAUAUUCUAUUAAAUUGUGGCACAAAAUCUACAUUUCCCCCCAAAUCCUUCAUAAGAGACAGAACAGCAGUGUAUCUCUGCUUCUCCAGAACAUGAAAUGGCAUGUACUAAAACUGAUACAAACUGCAUAAAAUUUAUUAUUGUGAAUAUUUAUUAUUCAACUCCCCACACCCACCUACCUUCCCCACCAUCUCUGCCCUUUUGGCCACCCUGAACAGCAUGGCUGAGAUGAAGAGGCUGCUGUAUUCCACUGUCAACGCCUACCCACCCCCACCCCCAGGUGACUGUCAUCUUCUUCACCUUGCCUCCCUGGC